UUUCAUUCUCAUCCAUUUCCCCUCUUUCUCUCUCCUCACUUUCUCUCUCUACGAAUCUCUGACCGAUUGAGACUCCAACACUCACUCACAGAUUCGGAUCCACAUCCGCCGGUUUCUGAUAAACCCGGACCAACCCCGACCCGCUGAUCCGUUAGAUUGUCGUCGUUUUGUUUCCGGGCUAGCACUUGUCUCCCGCCGUUUCGGGCGUUUCGUCGCUUCCAGUGGGACUCCGGAGCUCUGAGAUUUGGAUAUCCGAUUGCUUCUCCUGUUCUUGGCUCGAGAUCCGGGCCAAGCACAGAAGAAACAGAUUCGCCGCCCUUCUGACUUCGUAUACGUACAGGACUUUUGACUGGGUAAAUGGCCUCGAGUGAGGGAUUUCUGACGAAUGAGCAGAGGGAGAUGUUAAAAAUUGCUAGCCAGAAUGUGGAGGUUUUGUCGUCAUCACCGAAAUCCCCUACAUCUUUUCUGUCUGAACACCAUGUAAAAGCCCCUGCUGGUGGGAAGGCACCAACAGCUGGGAUAGCUGCGAGGCAUGUACGCCGGUCACACUCAGGGAAGUUGGUGCGAGUAAAGAAGGAGGGAGGCGGUGGCAAGGGCACUUGGGGAAAACUUCUUGACACUGAUGGCGAAGCCACUCUUGAUCGCAAUGACCCUAACUAUGACAGUGGCGAGGAACCAUAUCAACUUGUUGAGUCAACUGUCACAGAUCCCUUGGAUGAAUACAAGAAAGCUGUCGUUUCCAUCAUUGAGGAGUACUUCAGCACUGGUGAUGUGGCAGUGGCAGCAUCUGACCUCAAAGAACUAGGCUCAAGUCAAUAUCAUUCUUACUUUAUUAAGCGACUUGUUUCCAUUGCCUUGGAUAGGCAUGAUAAGGAGAAAGAAAUGGCUUCAGUUUUGCUUUCAUCUUUGUAUGCUGAUGUCAUUAGUCCUCCCCAGAUUAAAGAUGGAUUUUUCAUCCUUCUUGAAUCUGCUGAUGACCUCGCAGUGGACAUACCGGAUGCAGUAGACAUCCUUGCUUUGUUUCUUGCUCGUGCAGUGGUUGAUGACAUCCUUCCCCCGGCCUUCUGCACCAGGGCAAAGAAGGCACUUCCAGAAUCUUCAAAGGGCGUUCAAGUAAUCCAGACUGCUGAGAAGAGCUACCUUUCAGCUCCACACCAUGCAGAACUUGUGGAAAGGAGGUGGGGUGGUAGCACCCACAUUACUGUUGAAGAGGUGAAGAAAAAAAUUGCUGGUCUACUGAGGGAAUACGUGGAAAGUGGAGACACUUCUGAGGCUUGUAGGUGCAUGAGGGAGUUAGGUGUUCCAUUCUUUCAUCAUGAGGUUGUGAAGAGGGCUUUGGUUCUUGCCAUGGAGAUUCAAACAGCAGAACCGCUAGUAAUUAAGCUGUUAAAGGAGGCAGCUGAAGAAGGCCUGAUUAGUUCUAGUCAAAUGGUAAAGGGCUUUUCUCGAUUGGUGGAGAGCCUUGACGACCUUGCUCUUGACAUUCCGUCAGCAGUCAGCUUGUUCCAGUCCCUGGUACUCGAGGCGACAGAUGGAGGUUGGCUUGAUACUUCCUUUUUGAAAUCAUCGAAUGAAGAUGGUGAUGCACAAGUUGAAGAUGAAAAAGUGAGGCGGUACAAGAAAGAGAUUGUGCCCAUAAUCCAUGAAUAUUUUCUCUCCGAUGAUAUCCCAGAACUGAUCCGGAGCCUUGAAGAUCUUGGGGUACCUCAAUAUAAUCCACUAUUCUUGAAGAAGCUGAUCACCCUUGCAAUGGAUCGCAAGAACCGUGAAAAGGAAAUGGCAUCUGUUUUGCUUUCUGCCCUUCACAUUGAGAUCUUUUCAACCGAGGACAUAGUUAAUGGCUUUGUCUUGCUUCUGGAAUCUGCAGAGGAUACAGAAUUGGACAUUUUGGAUGCUUCGAAUGAGCUUGCUCUUUUCCUGGCAAGGGCUGUAAUUGAUGAUGUUUUAGCUCCUCUGAAUUUGGAAGAAAUUGGCAGCAAGUUGCCACCAAAUAGCAGUGGAAGUGAGACUGUUCGAUCGGCUCAAUCUCUGACUUCUGCUCGUCAUGCUGGUGAGAGGCUCCUGAGAUGUUGGGGAGGCGGGACUGGUUGGGCUGUGGAGGAUGCGAAGGACAAGAUAGCAAAGCUGCUAGAGGAGUUUGAGAGUGGGGGCGUUCUGAGCGAAGCCUGCCAGUGCAUUCGGGAUCUUGGGAUGCCCUUCUUCAACCAUGAGGUGGUGAAGAAGGCACUGGUCAUGGCCAUGGAAAAGAAGAACGACAGGAUGCUAGACCUGCUUCAGGAGUGCUUCAGCGAAGGACUGAUCACAAUCAACCAGAUGACUAAAGGCUUCACCCGAGUCAAGGACGGGCUAGAUGAUCUGGCUCUUGACAUUCCAAACGCGAGGGAGAAGUUCAGCUUCUAUGUGGAUCAGGCGCAGGAGAAGGGGUGGCUCAUCCUUGCCUUCGGAUCACCUGCUGCGGAUGGCUCACACUAACCCAACCCAGGCUCUGCAGCUUCUUGAGAAGGAACACAUGUUUUUUGGUUGCUUCUCUCUCAUGUAAUGUUGUUGGCCAUGAGCUCUCUCUCUCUCUCUCUCUCUCUACUGUUUAAAUUCGUGUUUUUUCUUAUCUCUUUUGAAAGGUGGAUGUGGGUAUUGGGAUGAUAUUUAGAUUUGUUCUCAGAUGUUUAUUUUGUGUUAUUAAUGCUUAAUUUAGUCAAGGAGAUUAUAGUGA